AUGAAUAACCUAGUGAUAGGAGGAACCCUCUGCACACAUCGUGAUAUCCACAGGCUGACCUGGAACUCGCUAUACUUAAGGGAGAAAAACCAGAUUGACCAUUUGAUGAUCAAUGGCAUAUGGAGACACACUUUAUUAGAUGUCAGGGUUAAGCGGAGUGUAAACGUAUGCAACGACGAUCACCUGGUGACAGCUCUCAUCAAGAUCACACUGAAAAAAGCUGAGGAAAGACCUAACACACAAGCGCGAUUUGACAUUCAGAGACUGAGGGAUAACACCGUGAAAGCUGCCUUCAUCAGCGAUUUAAGAAACAAAUUCCAAAUCUUGCAACACAUAUCGAAUGAAGGUGAGGAGACCAGUGUGGACAGCACAUGGAAGCAAGUCGCCGAAUCGUACACUGAAAGCAGCAAAAAGAAACUAGGCCUUCGCAAGAGAAACACCAACAAAGACUGGAUCCAGCAGGAGACUCUGAUUGCUAUUGAGGAAAGAAAGGAAAUCAAGAAAAGAUGCUGCAGAUCAAGUCCCCAUGACUGCGCGAGAGGCAAGAGGAGCUGUAUAGUAAGGCCAACAAGAGAGUCAAGAAGCUUGCACGCCGUGACAAGGACAUUGACACUGACCCACCAACUAAGGAUGAGAUAA